AUGGCAGCUGCUUUGGGCAUCCAAGGCAAUGCCGGAAAUGCAGCCUUCAAGGACAAAGAGAAGCCAAUGGCUGUAAGGACUGCCAAUAUCAUGGCAGCCAGAGCCGUUGCAGAUGCCAUCAGAACCUCACUUGGACCACGAGGAAUGGAUAAAAUGAUACAAUCUGGCAAAGGAGAAAAUCUGAUCACAAAUGAUGGCAACACUAUGCUGAAAAGCAUGAGUGUAAUGCAUCCGGCGGCAAAGAUGCUGGUAGAUCUCAGCGCAGCCCAGGAUAUCGAGGCUGGGGACGGUACAACGUCGGUGGUUGUGAUUGCAGGAAGUCUCCUCGGCGCUGCCGACCGAUUACUCUCUAAGGGAAUACAUCCUACCAUCAUUUCGGAGUCAUUUCAGAGGGCUGCCGCCGCGGCAGUCAAAGUGUUGCACGACAUGUCGCAGCCAAUCUCACUAUCUGACCGUACAACCCUCCUCCAGGCCGCCUCGACCUCUCUUUCUUCGAAAAUAGUGUCACAGUAUUCAGGCCUGCUUGGUCCAAUGUCCGUGGACGCCGUCCUCAAGACAAUCGACCAGAAAACGGCGGACAAUGUGGACUUGCGAAAUAUUCGAAUCGUUAAGAAAAUCGGUGGAACAAUUGAGGAUUCGGAAAUGAUAGAUGGACUGGUUCUCAACCAGCCUGUGAUCAAGAGCAGCGGUGGCCCGACCAGAAUCGAGAAGGCACGGAUGGCCCUAAUCCAAUUUCAACUCAGUCCACCAAAGCCCGACAUGGAAAAUCAGAUUGUUGUCAACGACUACAGACAAAUGGACAAGAUCUUGAAAGAGGAGAGAACAUAUUUGCUGAAUAUGGUCAAGAAAAUCCAGAAGGCAAAGUGCAACGUGCUGUUGAUCCAGAAGUCCAUUUUGCGAGACGCUGUAAACGAUCUGUCAUUACACUUUCUGUCAAGAUUAAAGAUCAUGGCCAUCAAAGACAUUGAGCGGGAUGAGGUGGAAUUCCUGUGCAAGAGCACAGGAUGUAAACCAAUUGCCAACAUUGAUACCUUCGCAGAGGACAAGUUGGGUAGCGCCGAUUUGGUUGAGGAAGUCCAAUCGUCCGGAGCUCGAUAUGUCAAGAUUACAGGCAUUCGAACGGCGUCACCACAAAACCAAACGGUAUCGAUUGUUGCGCGGGGUGCCAACUCACUAGUCUUGGAUGAAGCAGAGCGUUCAAUUCACGAUGCGCUCUGUGUCAUCCGGUGUCUGGUGAAGAAAAAAGCACUCAUUGCUGGGGGCGGGGCACCGGAAAUCGAGAUCGCGCACCAACUGUCGAAACAGGCACGGGAGUUGACGGGUACCGAAGCGAUAUGCUGGAAAGCGUUUGCGGAUGCAAUGGAAGUAAUUCCUACGACUUUGGCGGAAAACGCAGGCCUGAACAGCAUCAAAGUGGUGACAGAUCUUCGACAUCGACAUGAUAUGGGAGAGAAGAAUGCGGGCGUCAGCAUACGAACCGGAGGGGUCAAGACGAAUAUUGCAGAUGAGAAAGUGUUGCAACCUCUUCUUGUGAGCACCAGUGCCAUUGAAUUGGCGGCUGAGACCGUCAAGAUGAUUCUACGGAUUGAUGAUAUUGCAUUGUCACGAUGA